AUGGGCAGGGUUGAAGCCCUACUAGGGGCAGUUGGGGGUGCGAUUGGCCUGGGAAAUGUGGGAGGCCCAACUUACGUGUUGCGUAGGGAAAAGAGCUACCAAAAACACGAAAAUCGUCUUCUAGAGCUACCUAUCCACAACUUGAGGGUCAAUGUUGUUUUAAUUGUCAAAUUGAUCCUCUUAAAUCUUAUCAGAAGGUUGAGUCAGCUAAGUACAAUCCGGCAUUUCAGUGCAACUCGCUUUCAUGAAGUCAGAAUCAUUACUAGUUGGUCAAUUACCUUAACAGCAAGGAGGGCAUCCCCUCAUAGAUUCUCAGGAGUCCGCAUAUUACAAACUUAG